AUGGCCGCAUUGCACCAGACUUCGAUCCCCGAGCCACUGUCACUACUAUCUGGUCACCCCCAAACACCAACGCCUCCUCUCUCACCCAUUGAGAAGUUACCGCCAACCCCUCCGGCCGACUCCUCGACCGUGGAUCGGAAGCCAAGCGACUCUGUCAUCGCUGGAUCCCACUACGCCCAUUCCGUCCGACACCACAGCUCCCCGUCUACGAGUUCGAUAUCGAGAGCGCCGCACCGCUCCUCCAGUGGCAUCCUCUCCUCCUUGGCCGCUGCCGCUCUUGACAAGACCCAGAGCGCUCUCGCCAACAUCUCCGACCCCGUCAUCCGCCAGAGGAAUUCCUUCGCUCGCCUCUCCCUCAGCCAAAGCUCAAUCCCGCUCAGCGACCCCGACAGUGCGGACAAGAAGUCGCUUCUGAGGAAGCCCUCUACCCAGUCGCUAUCCACCAAAGCCACCGUGGACGGCAAGCAGCCUGCUUCAGCUGCCCCGGCCAAAGUGCCGAUCUCACAGCCUUACUCUGAAACUGACCCAAGCCGGCCGCUUCCUCACCGGUCUCCGGUCACCAACAACACAAUGCAUCAAACAUCCUCGCGGUUACUGCGCAUGACGGAUGAUGAGCCCCCGUUCACAAGAGAUUUCAAGGAUCUCUUCUCCACACUCAUCGUCAGCUUACUUCCUCUCGGUGCGCAUCGUGUUCGAUUGACCAAGGUGGACUACACAUUCCUCUCUGAAGAUGCUAUCAGCAACCUCAAUUCUCUCAAGUUCUCCCAAAGCAACCGAAUGCCGGACCCUAAAGAUCCAUCACGAAUCGUUACAACGACGACUACAACUACCUUUUCUAUGGCAAAAGAUAUGGCACGGUCGAUCUGCCAGCGAUUUCUCGAGGCUCGCUUCAUCGAGAGUGCUGAUGGAAAAUACCAACAAGUCUACAACAUGAAAGGAGGAAUCUGGCAACUAACUGCUAAGGGAGUCACCGUGCUGGAUAGGUUCUGCUCGAGAAAUGGCAUUCAACAAAAGCAGGUUGCAGAGCUGGUGAACCGAAAUGCGGCUCACCUCGUUAUCUUGGAGAGAAGCCAGCACACCGACAAGUUGGUGACUGACCGAAGCACCCUCGAUGUCAUCUUCCGCCGAUUUGCUGGCACAGACGGUCGAAACAUCAAGUCGAGCGUGACGGCAGCCGACUCCGACUCACUUCAUGACUACAAGGAUGGCUUGACUGGAGUAAAAAUGGCAGCCGAGCGUAAGGUGAAUGGCAAGACAUACCGGGAGACCAUGACCGGCAAGGCUGCUUCUGACUGGUUGAUGGACUGCUCCACCAUCGUUGAUCGUAGAGAGACGAUCGAAGUUGCUACCCUGUUCGUUGAGAACGAGCUGCUCGAACCUGUUGCCCAGGAUCGCUCAUUCAUGUCUCAAAACCCUGGCUGCAACUUGUUCCAGCCCACAAAGUACGCCAUCUACCAAAUCACACAACACGGAAAGGACGUCAUCAAUGGAACCAGCACCCGUGGCCGUCAAUCAGAAAGCGAAGGUGGCAACCCCACGCCUCGCAAUGGCAUCAACCGAGACUCCAACACUCAGCGUCUUGACAAGAUCCUCACUGAUGCAGCUUUGCGUCUGCUCUUCCGCGAGUAUCUUCGUGACACCCACUGCGAGGAGAACUUGUCAUUCUACAUGGAUGUGGAUGAUUUUGUUCGUUCUUGCAAGGCGGCUAUUCGCCAUGCGCUCAAGACCCAACCCCCUGCAGGCAAGAAUGCGACGCAGGGCGCCCCUCAAAGCAACGCGUCAAUGGACAGCGUCAAGGAGAUCAUGGCCCAGGCCUAUGGUAUUUACAAUGCCUUUUUGGCCCCUGGCUCUCCCUGCGAGCUCAACAUUGACCAUCAGCUUCGCAACAACCUGGCCACGAGGAUGACCAAGGCGGUUGGUCAGGAUGUCACCAUGAUUGAAACACUUCAGGAGGUGACGGAAUUGUUCGAGGACGCCCAAAAUGCCGUUUUCAAGCUGAUGGCUAGCGACUCCGUUCCCAAGUUCCUCCGCAGCCCGAAGUACGAGCAGCAGCUCCGCAACUACGAAUUCGACAACAUGGGCCGUGUGCCUGAGCGCAGCCAGAGUCGCUCAAACCGAAACUAA